CUACUAAAAUACCGUCAUCAUGUACAUUAAUUUAAAACUUUAUAUAUUUGUAUUUAUCACUUCUGUUUCCUGUCAACAAUGUUCAUUUGAAAAACCGGAUGGGAGUAUAUUAUCGGAAGAAGAAAUAAGAUAUGGAAUUGUUUUACCUUCUAUUCUGGAUACCGAACAACCUAGCAAGUCAUUGCUCACGUAUAGAACCACUGGUGUUACUAAAUUUAUCCAAAAUACUACUGCAUCUGCCAGUCAACGUUUUUUUAUAACUCCUACUUUCGAUAGUAACAUUUUACAAGUAACUUUGGCUAAUGAUUUUAAAGAUUACGAGAUAUAUGAGACUAAGGAAGCAAUAAGUAUUAGAGUAUACUUCGAGUGUGCUGGAGGAACAGAGACAAAUUUCGAAAUAAUACAGCCUAUAACUGACACAAAUAAUCAUGAUCCUCAGUUUGUAAAUGCGCCAUACCGUUAUAAAUUGUCCAUGCCCUUGCCUAAGAACAUUCCUCUGCAUCUUCUCAGUGGAAUUGCUGCCAGAGAUAUCGAUUUGUCUAACAGAAAAAUAACAUUUUUCCUCAAUAACUCUGAUGUCAACAGCCAAGGGUUUUUUGCAUCUUGGUUAUCGACUGACCAAACUGAUACCAAACUGCAUCGCGCUUCUUUGAUGACCACCGCUGUUAUAAAUUUAAAAAAUGAUUUUUCAUUCAAUAUCUAUGCGCGAGAUAAUGGAAUUGAACCCAGAACCGUUUCUACAUCAGUGACGAUAAUAGUUGAUAAAGAUAAUUCUGUUUUGCGGUUCGAAAAACCAAUUUACAUUGCGGAUUACAGUGGUCUACAGCCUGAAGUGGCUAAUGGAACAAUAUUUACAUUUGAACAAGGUGAUAUUUUAUUGAGUGCUGGUGCUGAUAAUUCUGUUGAAUUUUUUUUGCACGAAGAAUCACAAGAAUAUCAAGAUAAUUUUUACUUGAUAAAAAAGUCUGAUGCCUCAGUAGGAUUACAACUGAUUAACCCGCCUAAAAAAAUUUUCAAUGAGAGUUUUGUUCUUUUAACGUUAAAUGCAUCAAAACCAGGAGCAGACGACAUUACAGUCAUACAUAUUUCGUUUCCGGGAAGAUCAACAUCUAAAAAUUCUUCAAUAUCCUCAACAGAAACAACUAAAACAGAUCCUUAUAAUGAUGACAGUUCAAGUACUGUAACUACAAUUGUUCUGGGAGUUUCUUUAGCCAUUGUAACAAUUGGAUUUGUCGUUAUGAUUGUUCUUUACUGGAGGCGGACUAGAUCCAUAGUAACGGAGAAAGUGAAUGGUAUUCAGGAAAAAAAAGAAGAAAUGAUGGAAAUUGAUAAGGACAGUCCACAUCCAGUUUCAUCGGCAAGAAGAUCAGUUGCGUUUAAUGACAUCGUUGAGGAAAUAAAAAUCGCCAAACUAUAAUGAUAUAUUUAUUUUCUAUAAUGAUAUAUAUUUAAAGUAUAAUAAU